UCAAAGUUAAGCUAGGUCAAUGUGUCCUUCCACACGUGUUGCGUGUUUCUUGUAGCGGCAGCAGGAGUCGUGAGGCUCACAGAGGUCUCUUUGGUCUUAAGCGUAAUUAUCCUGUUUCUGAAAAGCUUCUUAUAUCCACACAGCCAUGCUGAAAUCGGUUGUCCGUGCGGUGGGAGCGGCUGUUCGCCUUUCUUCAGCCGCUCCGUCAGCGGCGCGAGCCCUGCCUCUUAGCUACCCGGCGUUGCGCUCUCCAGGCUCGGCUACGACUCGGCCGUUCACCCGCUCACUAUGGAUGUUGAAUAACAACGAAGCUUCGUCGGGAUACAGGCCCAAGCUGUUGAGCUCUAAAGUUUUAAAUCCGUCAGUAUCGUGUGGAUGUGGAGGACUACACACGGAAGGUGACAAAGCGUUUGGUGAGUUCCUGUCGGAUGAAAUCAAGGAAGAGAAGAAGAUCCAGAAGAACAAAUCUCUCCCUAAGAUGUCAGGAGGCUGGGAGCUGGAGAUGAACGGCACAGAGGCUAAACUCACGAAACAACUUUCUGGAGAAAAAAUCACUGUUACAUUCAACGUCAACAACAGUAUUCCUCCCAACUUUGAGGAGGAGGUGGAGCAGGGACAGCAGCAGAAAUCUCCUGAGGAUGAGCCAGAAAUUGUGUCAACACCCAACUUUGUCAUUGAAGUUACAAAACAGGGGGCCAAACACUCCCUUGUGUUUGACUGCCAUUUUCCUGAAGAUGAGAUGAGCCAUGGUGAGGGUGAGGAGGAGAGCGAUAUCUUUGCCAUCCGGGAGGUCAGCUUCCAGCCAGAGGGAGAUUCAGACUGGAAGGAGACCAGUUACACACUCAACACAGACUCUCUGGACUGGGCUCUGUAUGACCACAUGAUGGACUUCUUGGCUGACCGCGGGGUCGACAACACCUUUGCUGAUGAGCUCACGGAGCUGAGCACAGCCAUCGAGCAUAAGGAGUACAUUAAGUUCCUAGAAGAUCUGCAAAGCUUUGUUAAUUGCAAGUAGUGUCGAACGAGAUUGCCAUAGUUCUUAGUGUGCAAUCUGACAAGGACGGUGGUAUGAAGCAGUGAAGCACUCGGUGAUAGAUGGAUCUAAAACCACAAAGAGACUGAGUUGGUGUGUGGUAAUGUUGCCAGCAGCCGCUAUGUUGCGGUUGCUUUGUUAUUAUGGCUUAGUAUAAACCAGAUAAUUCAAAUUUGUCUGGACAUCAUCAUGACAGUUGUCGGAAACCAUCAUUGCUCUCGAUUUUGCAGAACUUGACUCGGCUGUGUACGUUUAAUGUGACCUGAUCAGAGUUUUCCUUUAAUAGCUUUUUUUGUGUUCCGGUUUCCAAUCAUCAUGUCUUCAUGUCUUCCCCCCUCGCUGGCCAGGGAACAGAGUUCUUGCUGAGUGGUUGUGGUUUGUCAGAUUCAGAAGGUCUGGUAAUGGAUGUUCUGUAGUGUGAAGCUGGAAAUACUGUUCAAUAAACAAUUUGAUACCCAAA